AUGGACUCGAUCUGAUAAUCACUUCCGAGAGAAAAACCCUAGCCAUAUAUAUUUCUCACAUAUAGCCAUUCCUUGCUGUCUUCUCGUGGAAACCCUAACUGCAGCAUUUGCUUGCUCACUUCAUCGCUGAAAAUCAGCCAAUCCAUAAUCUCAAAGAAUGAAGGUUGUAGCAGCGUAUUUGCUCGCCGUCUUGGGAGGCAACACCCACCCCACAGCUGAGGACUUGAAGGAAAUCCUCGGAUCUGUUGGAGCUGAUGCUGAUGAGGAUAGGAUAAAGUUGUUGCUGACUGAAGUUGAAGGAAAAGAUGUUACAGAGUUGAUUGCUGCUGGUAGAGAGAAAUUGGCUUCAGUGCCUUCUGGUGGUGGUGUUGCCGUUGCUGCUGCUGCUGCUCCUGCUGCAGGAGGUGGUGCUGCAGCUCCUGCUGCUGAGGCCAAAAAGGAAGAGAAGGUUGAGGAGAAAGAAGAGUCUGAUGAGGAUAUGGGUUUCAGCCUCUUUGACUAAGAGAUCUGUUUUCUGGUUCCAUUCGUAUCAAGUCCUACUUUGUGCUAGCGUUUUAGCUAAAAAUUAUAAUUUUUUUGGUCUGUAGUUGGAUAUGAUAAUUAGAACUUGUUUGGCUUUCUGGAAAUUUGAGUUAAAUAUCGGAGACCAGACAUUUCGGAUAUAAUUGUUAAUUUUGGGAUUUCAGUUAUGGAAUUGCUUGCCCUUUUUUCUCCUUAA